AUGCCCUCAACUUUCUUUUCUUGGACGGAACUUUGGGAUGCUGCUGUGUCAAUUGGGAUGUUUGCCUUGGUUACUGUCUUCACCUGCGUUUGUUUUAAGAUGCUGGUGCGCUGGAUUAGGAUCUACUUGUGCCUCCGCAAUGUGCCUCAGCCAAAGGAGCGGUUUCCCUUCUCCUUGAUCUUGGAUAUGUGGAGCAUGAUGUCAGCGAUGGACCCUGCGCUAGACGUGCCAGCAAAACUGUUCAACUAUUUUCACUACAUGUUCCAGCAAGUUGUUGAUCAGGAGCUAACUGUGGCUUUUUACGGGCCGCAACCGUUUCUUAUCGCCUUGACACCGAACGCGGCAGAGCGUGUGCUUUCAAACAGCGAGAAUCUGAACAAGUCAUUCCUCUAUGACAUGAUGAAAAGUUGGAUUGGAAAUGGUCUCUUGACAAGCUACAAGGACAUUUGGAAGAAGAGGCGGAAAGUCCUCACGCCUGCGUUCCAUUUCCGUGUCCUCGAAGACUACGUGCCUGUCAUGAACCGAAGAGCGUCCGAAUUGGUGAAGAAGAUGAACUCACUGAGCAGCGGUAGCUUCGACCUCCUCCCCGUCAUGAGGAUCGCUGCCUUCGGAAUACUUUUUGAGACAGCCAUGGGCAUUCAAUUAGAUGAAAAUGAAGUUCUGAGAACAGGAUUCUUACAAGUGAAUGACGAAAUUUCCUCUAGCAUCAUAGCCAGGAUGCUAAAUAUAUAUCACUGGCUGGAUAUCACGUAUGGAUUCAGUCCUGAAGGAAGGCGAUAUUAUAAAAAAGUUGAACUGAUAAAGGAAUACACACAAAAAAUAUUAAGGACGAGGAAGGCAACAUACAAGAUAGGUGUAGAGGAGAAGGACCGAAAUAAAAGUUUUAUGGAUAUCUUAUUACGAAUGCACAUGGAUGAGGGCAUCUUUACUGAAGACGAAAUUCGUGAAGAGGUCAACACAUUCAUGAUUGGGGGUUUUGACACAACUGCCACUGCUGCUGCUUUUGCGGUUCAUCUCCUGGGAAAUCAUCCGGAAGCUCAAGCGAAGGUUCAUGACGAGAUUGACUCCGUCUUUGGAAAUGAUCGAGAGAGACCGGUGACUACAGAUGAUAUCCGAAACCUCAAGUACCUGGAUUGUGUUCUGAAGGAAACUCUUCGCUUGUAUCCCCCCAUACCAGCAAUAGCAAGGAAGAUUGAUGAGGACGUCGUGAUAGGAAAGCACACCAUUCCAAAGGGCACUGUGUCCAUAGUGAUGCUAUACUUCUUGCAUCGACAUCCUAGGUUUUUUGAGAAGCCGGAUGCCUUUUUCCCCGAGAGGUUUCUAGAUUACGCAGAUCGACAUCCGUUUUUGUACAUUCCUUUUUCUGGUGGAGCUCGCAAUUGCAUUGGUCAGAAGUUUGCCCAACUGGAAGAUAAAAUUCUCCUUACGCACAUCAUGCGGCACUUCAAAGUUGAAUCAGAGCUGUCAAUGGAACAACUGCAGAUGUCGCUGGAAUUGGUACUGCGUCCUACACAGGGGCUCCAUCUGAAGGUCACUCCGAGAGUUGCAGGGGUCGAGAAGACCACCAACUGAAGAAGCGCGUU